AUGGCAGACAACGACGAAAUUGACUUAGAAACUCUCCAAGCGCGGAUUGACCUCUCGAUGUCCUUUACCCAUGACUUGGUGUCUUCAUGGGUCAAACCAUCUCCAAACACCAACAGAUCGUCUUCUAGUAAAAAGAUUGAAAAAAUUCUACAAGAGGAACUGCGUCGGCCCCCGAGGCUAGGUGUAGGUGCUUCAGCAUCAGACUAUAAUACAUUGUCUUCGCGAGAAACUGCACGUCUAAAAGGACAUCUUCUCAGUAAUGGGAAGAAACAUCUCAGGGAGGACGAAGGCCCUCAACGUUCUACCUCGAAGCAUACUGCAGAGGAAUCUGACGAAGGAGAAAGUAGAGCGGAGGCUAUUCGCAAGAAGCCUAAAAUAGACCCCUUCGCCGGUUACAGCAAGGAAAAGAGGAAUAAGGAAACGUUGAAUCGUGCAUUGAAUGUUGAACCAUGUUCCAGCACCCCAACGGAAGCUUCAUCAUCCAAUGUUGGUGUUACCGCUACGGAGGAGGUCGCGUCCGGCCUCGUGACGUCCGAGAAAAAGCGGAAGAAGAAACAUAAAAAUGCGGUCGCAUUAGCCUCGAAUGAUAGUGCUCUAACGACGAUCUCAACAAAGAGUAACUCUGCCAAUGACGACGAUUCUGUCCCGGAGACUUCAGAACCAUUUCUGCUGUCACCAUCAAGAACCCUAGCCUUCUCACUCAAGACGGUUCCCAAAAUACCCAUUGGUCUGCCAACAUCUCUGCUGAAACAACCCUUAUUAAACCUUGAAGGGCCAGUCUUCGAUACAAGUGACGACAGAAGCCUCGACAACCAUUCACCCACAGAUACUCCGAAGAAGAAGAAACGGAGAAAGAGAAAGAAAAAGAGGCAUUCAGCUUUUGAAGGACCCUCAGAACAGGUGAAAUUUUCGUGA